AUGGCUAACAUUUCCCCAUCCAAAUCGAUAUGCACUUGGGUCACUCAAUGUUACGUUAGUGAACAAUCUUACGACCAUAUCUAUCUAUCUAUCUAUCUAUCUAUCUAUCUAUCUAUCUAUCUGAGACUUCUUGAAAUGGCAAGAUGUAACCCUAAGUUUCAUGCUAAUCUAUCUAUCUAUCUAUCUAUCUAUCUAUCUAUCUAUCUAUCUAUCUAUCUAUCUAUCUAUUUUCACUUCCUGCUUAUCUAUAUAUCUGUCCAUCUAGGAAUGUCUGUUCGCUAUCUAUCUAUCUAUCUAUCUAUCUAUCUAUCUAUCUAUCUAUCUAUCUAUCUAUCUAUCUAUCUAUCUAUGCCCGCUUUCUGUCUGUCUGUCUAUCUAUCUAUCUCUUUAACUAUUUGUUCACUUUCUGUCUAUCUAUGUAUGUUCACUUUCUGUCUGUCUAUCUAUCUAUCUAUCUAUCUAUCUAUCUAUCUAUCUAUCUAUGUUAACUUUCUGUAUAUAUCUGCCUGUUCACUUUCCAUCUAUCUAUCUAUCUAUCUAUCUAUCUAUCUAUCUAUCUAUGUUAACUUUCUGUCGGUCUGCCUGUCUGUCUAUCUAUCUAUCUAUCUAUCUAUCUAUGUUAACUUUCUGUAUAUCUCUGCCUGUUCACUUUCUAUCUAUCUAUCUAUCUAUCUAUGUUAA